GUCAUUAUUCAUGCAAACACCACGACUGUAAUUAAAUAUCGAACCAUAACCUAAGGUAUGAAUUGUUGUUGAAAAAAGACAGACAACGAGCCGAGCCGAGCAGAAAAACUCCACCGAAAGCGGCCAAUAAAGAUGUUAUCAAGAGGCGCACGAUACUGCCAAGUGAACUGGCAAGUACGCUACAAACUUAUACAUAUAAAAUAACGGGUGCAUCAUUUUUUGUAAUGCCAUCAUCACGUUCGAUUGUGUAUGUGCAAGAAGUAGGUACAGGUACCCGGCGUCGCGUCUAUGGCUAUGGCUAUGGCAAUGAACUAGAGGGAUCGAAAUCCACGCACAAAGAGGAUCACACGCUUCAUCAUUUCAGUUUCGUAGUUGUUCGGGCUACUCGCUGAUCAUCGCAUUAUUCUUGUGAAGGUGUUGUUAUUGUUGUUGUUGUUGUUGGUGCUUUUUCACGUGUUUUUUCUAUACAUCGCCGCGAAUAGCGAUUUUUAUUUUUUUUGUUAUGUUGCAACGAAAUUGGUGAAAUGGCCACUGGUGAUACGACUUUCAUGUAUAAUAUCCCACCGUGGCACCCUUUAAGUCAUCAAUCGUCUAUUCCGAAUUGUCAUCAGUUUCAGAGACAUGGAAAAAAAUACAGAAAAAGAAGGAAAAAAGCGUGUUACUGCUAUACGUCGGAUUUAGGCAAUAAAUCCGCGUGUAAUGCCAUCAUUGGCAUGUCACUUUUUUUAAUACUCAUAGUUGUUAUAUCUAUCGCAGUGUUGGCUAUUUAUAUUGGAAUGGAAGUAAUAUUAGAUGGAAGUUUAAGAGUAACCUAUGGUGAUAAUUAUACCGCAGAACUUUACAAUAAAACUAGUCAUUUAUUUGUAACAAAAGCUCAUACUUAUAAACUUAUGAUAGAAAAAGUAUUUGCAAAAAGUAUUUUAGGUCCUGCUAUUAAGCAAUGUAUUAUAAUGGGGUUUAAAAAUGGCAGUAUUAUCGUAUUUUACAGACUGAUUCUCGACCGAAGGAAAAUUCCUAGUCGAAUAUUUGCAAAUCUUGAAGAAACUGCAAAAAAAAUUCUAUUUGAUGAAAUAACUACAUUGAAACCAAGUGCUUUCAACACCAUCAGACUCGAUCCUAAACAGAUCGUUGUGAGAAAGCACAUUUCAAACCCAGACACGCAAACCGAAAGUGUUUUAGAAUCUGCCGAAGAAGCCUCGAUCAGCAACAUGAACCCGAACGGUGUUCUGAAACGAGUCACCCAUACGACACCUUCAUUAGUCCGCAAACGUCCAGCAGCUCCGAUCAUCUCACCGGUAACUUCUACUUUACCAACACGUUCGAAAAACAUGAAAAAACACCGCCCACCUACGAUAGAAAAAACCAGCCGAAUAAAAUUGCAAUUAGACAAAACGACCACUAAACCAGACACAACCACUACAUCAAAAUCAUCGAGAAAAAACAUCGACAUCAACGUUAGCGCCAAUAGAUUUUCAUUCGUAUCGGACGAUCGACAAAAACCACUGAAUAAUUUCAGCGUAUCCGGUAACAGUUCAUCGGUAUUAAUCGGCGAAGCCGAAGUAAUUACGAUACCUUCGACGGCGGUAGGAGAUUACUCGGCCGUGGUCGAAGAGGUGACCAGCCAAAGGUCUAAGGUAAAACACGUCGAUACUGCCACCGCCACCGCCGGCAGCGUAAGCAUCAACAUAGUAGAUGAAAUAUUAUCUCGUAAUAACGGCAAAGUUAGCAGUACGAGUACGAGUGAAUCUAAUGAACGUAAAAUUAUCCGGCACGAGAUCGAUGGCGAUGCGUCGAUAAACGACGACGACGACGAAUCGCAAAACCUAAAACCAAUUAUCGGCGACGAUAAUGCGGCUAAUUUUUCGCUAAAUGUGCCAACGAGGUCAAAUAUCGCAUUAAAUAAACCUAGACCGAAACCAGUACUGGUGGCCAAAACCGAUAAUCAAACUGUUACUACGAAUACGACAAAAGAUUCGUCGUCUUCGGAAAUUAAAUCGCAUCGAACGAGUACAACAGUGGCUGCGGCUGCGACUGCGGCUCCGGCAUCGCCGGAAAUCGAUCAAACCACCGAAGAUAGCGUCAUAGUGUUGAAUACCGAAGUCGUCACGUCGACCAGUAUGCAGGUGUCGUAUGGUAAUAACGUGUUGGUGGAGGAUACGAUGCCGGAGCAGACUCAAUCUAAAUUCGACCCGCUCGAAGACACCGGAGAUAAUAUCACGCACAAUGUACCAUCGCCGAUCGAACUUAACGGCGCUAUGAAAACAACGCAACAAAAAUACAAGACCAUAUUUCCCAGAAGUAUACGAGAAGAAGACGAUCAAAGCGAUCCCGGCAAAUCGCCCAAGAUCAGUACGCAUUUGAGUCUGAUAAUUGAAAAAUACAAGAAGCAGCCUUCCAACGAAACGUUACACUUGAUCAUCGAACAAUUCGCCGCCAUGUAUACGAAAACAACGACGGCGACGCCGGCAGCCCUGACGACAAAAUUAAACCUACUCGUCAAGACGAAUUACAAUAACGGAAUGAUGUUAAAUAAACCACUACUACAUAAGAUACAUCAUAAUACGACUACUUCUUCAACUACCACCACACCUGCGCCCACCUUAGAGCCUGCAUGUUCGAAUUCGACGAAACAAUGCAAGAAUGGACAAUGCAUUUCGGAACAUCUAUGGUGUAACCAGUUCGCCGACUGUAACGAUGGCUCGGAUGAAAAAAACUGCACUUGCGCCGACUAUUUGAGAGCUCAAUUCGCAUACAAAAAAAUAUGCGACGGAAUUGUGGAUUGUUGGGAUUUUUCCGACGAAAAUCUAUGCGAGUGGUGUUCUCCUCAAAUGUAUGUUUGCGAGAAUGCCAAACUUUGUAUCGAACAAAAAAUGUUGUGCGAUGGGAAUCGAGACUGUCCUUUGGGUGACGAUGAAAAAAACUGUAUCACUAUAACACCAUUUUCGCAGAAAAAUAACGAUAUCACGUAUCAAUCUAAUGGUAUCAUAACUGUUCGAAGAGGUGGCGUGUGGGGAAAACUAUGCUAUAAAAAAGAAGCUAACGAUUCAGUUUUUGAUACUACGAGUAGAUUAGCUGAACUUGGAAAAGCUGUUUGUAAAACGAUGACUUUCAGGAAUUUUAUAGGAAUUAAAAUAAUUAACGAUCAGGAAGAUUCGAACGUUAAUGAUUCAUCCAUCUAUUAUCAUUUGGUUAAUAUACAGAAGAAUUCGACAAAUUCAUUUCGAAGGAAAAACUUCAAAUUCACCAAAAUCGAUUGUCAUAAUAAACAAGUAGUGGAGGUAAUUUGCGACGAUUUAGAAUGUGGAAUCCAAACCCAAAUAGGAAAAUCACGAGUCCAUGGAAAGUAUCGUGGCGAGCGUAGAUCUCGAAUUGUCGGAGGUGGAAGUGCAGCUCUAGGCGCUUGGCCAUGGCAAGCGGCACUCUACAAAGAAGGAGAAUUUCAAUGCGGCGCCACAUUAAUUUCUAACAAAUGGCUUCUUUCCGCUGGCCACUGUUUCAAUAACGCAUUGCACGACUACUGGGUGGCGAGAUUAGGUAUAUUGAGAAGAAGUUCAACGCUACCGUCUCCUCACGAACAGAUUAGACCAAUUCGUCGUAUAAUUGUGCAUCCAAAUUACGCGGAUGCUGGCUUCGUUAAUGAUAUAUCGUUGUUGGAAAUGAACUCGGAGGUGCAGUUUACCAAUUUCGUCAGACCUAUUUGUUUACCAAAUCCGAAUAGAAUUUUGCUAGAUGGAACAUUGUGUACGGUUAUCGGAUGGGGCCAGUUGAUGGAAACUGGAAGUGUUUAUCCUGAUACCUUACAAGAAGUACAGUUACCAGUAAUAUCACCCGGCGAAUGCCACAAAAGGACACUAUUCUCACCAUUGUACAAAAUCACAGACGGUAUGUUAUGUGCUGGAUUCGAUCGCGGAGGUCGCGACGCUUGCUUAGGGGAUUCCGGCGGCCCACUCAUGUGCCAAGAUAAUGGAAAUGCGUGGCAUUUAUACGGAAUAACGAGCAACGGAAACGGAUGCGCGAGAGCGCACCGACCGGGCGUCUAUACUAAAGUGGUUAAUUACGUGAACUGGAUCGAUAACAGUGUUGAAAACACAACGAGAGCGAUUAUGCCCAAAAUUCAAGCCACUUGCAAUGGUCAUAGAUGCCCAUUGGGCGAAUGUUUACCCAAAGCUAGAGUCUGCAAUGGAUACAUGGAAUGUAGUAAUGGAAGCGAUGAGAUGAAUUGUUGACGUGUUUUAAUUUGUUGGAGAACCAACAAAGCUGUUGAGCCAGAAAUUUUUCGAGAGUAUUGUGAAAGUGAAUUUGAAAGACGAGGUUUUCACAGAAAAUGUUCAAUGUAUGUAAUGCAUUUAUUUAUAAUGUAAGUCUGUGGAAUGAAUUUACCGAUGGUGAAAAAUCAAAUAUGAAUCACACAAAUGUCUUGAAAGAUUUUAAGCUUUUGUUAGGUAUUUUUAUAUUUUAUGAAUUUUAAAACACCCACCUACAUCUUCAAACUGAAUUUCCAAUCACGUGUACCUGUGGCCUCAUUUCCUUUUCUUUUUUAUAUAGUUAGGUAGGUACCUAUUUAUAUCUAUGUAGCAUAGGAAAUCCAGAAAGUGAAUCCCCAAAACCGAACCGAUAACAAUUCGGAAAUAAUGUACCUAGACCUACUUAAGUACCUCUACCUACACAUCACUGAAAAAACUUCGUUAAAUGUGUAGUCUAUCUUGAAGAAUGUAGGAGUAAACUUUUCUUAAAUGAAACAAGAUCAAACAAAUUUUCACCACGAGAUUAAGAGAGGAUAGGCACAAAAAAAUGUCCAAUUGGAAAAGUUUCUGCAUAAUUUGCAAAUUGAAGGAGCUCCGAAUCAACUUUUAAAAAAGCUCCCGGUACCUAAUUCAAAAGUUGUCCGAUUGGCCAAAAAUAAGUACAUUUAUGGAGAAUAGGAAGUAAAAAAAAAAAAAAAAUGAAAUUCACAAAAAAAGUUUUUACUGUUUGAAGUUGAUUUCGAAACAAAUUCAAAAAAUUCAAAAAAUGUGACCACUUUCAUCCCUUUACAUACCUCAAAAUGACCGACUGGGAGAAAUAUUCGUAGACUUGACUUUUUGACGUACAGGGUGCCCAGAAAUAUCGUGAAUCCCAAAGAAAGUUUUUUUUAUUAAAAAUAUAGGUUGGCAACGUGAAAUAGAUGAAUAUGAUUGGUGCAAUGUUAUCACCUUAGUCUAACAACCAAUCAUGUGCUAUCAUUAUUAUAGUUCAGUGUGAUCAACCGAAACAUUUAGCAGAAAACUUUUUUAGGGGUUCACGAUAUUUCUGGGCACCCUGUACUGUGAAUCGUUUUUCAAAUCCUGAUAUCUGUUUGGAAAAUCUGUAGGUGGGGCAAAAACUAAUCCGAUCUGUCUGCUUUUAUUGCCAAGAAUUCCUUUUUCUUCUUUCAACGAAAUUCCUCCUUCAAUUUGGAAACAGGCAACUUGUUCAACCGCGAUCUUUAGAAUGAAAAAUAAAUAAAUAAAAAUAGGACUGGAAUAUGUUGGAAUUUUCAUUUAUUCGUAACAAAUAUAAAUCAACUUUUAAGUUUUUUUUUUAAUGAUCAAAUUUGAAAUAAUUUUGUUCGCAAAAGUUUUGAAACGAGAAAUAUUUUCAAUUUUUUUUUUUUUUUUUUUU